CCAAGUGCACAAAAAUUAUUUCCCAUUAUAGGAGUAUAUAACAAUAUUUCUUCUCUUUCUUUCUCUUCACCACCAAACACACAAAUCUAAGUCUGCAUCACAAACUGCAUGUCACUCACUAGUCACUGACCUAUAUAUAUAGUUUGAUUUAUAGAGGAGGUUUUAAUCAAAACUAUCAACACACACCCCCCACUAUCAAAAGCUCCAAUCUUGCUCUUCUUUUCUGUCUUCUCAUCUUCUAAAAAUACAGAUGAAACCUAAAUCUCAAAAAGAUCUUCCUUGAUCCUCCCACUUCAAGUUUCACUUUGAAGAAUACUUGAGAUUUCGAGAGAGAGAGAGAAGAUGAGAGCAGGAGGUUGCGCAGUACAACAAGCCCUAACCACGGAGGCGGCGAACGUUGUAAAGCAAGCGGUAACCCUAGCCAAGCGGCGGGGCCACGCCCAAGUGACUCCGCUCCACGUAGCCACCACCAUGCUCGCACCCCCCACCGGCCUCCUCCGCACCGCUUGCCUCCAAUCCCACUCCCACCCCCUCCAGUGCAAAGCCCUUGACGUUUGCAUCAACGUCGCCCUAAACCGCCUCCCGGCUUCCUCCUCGAGUCCCAUAUUAGGCCCUCCUCAGUCCAACUACCCCUCCAUCUCCAACGCCCUGGUGGCGGCCUUCAAAAGGGCCCAAGCCCACCAGCGACGCGGCUCGGUCGAAAACCAACAACAACCCCUCCUGGCCGUGAAGAUAGAGCUCGAGCAGCUCAUAAUCUCCAUCCUGGAUGACCCCAGCGUGAGCAGAGUCAUGCGGGAAGCCGGGUUCUCGAGCACCCAGGUGAAGAUCAACGUCGAAAAAGCGGUUUCUUUGGAGCUAUGCUCCCAAACACCUUCCCCACUCGGCAACAGUUCCAAAGAAGGCAGUGACCCAGUUUCGGUGGGGAGGCCGAAGGCGUCAUCCGAUCAAGUCAUAAACGAGGACAUAAUGAGUGUGAUCGAAAGCAUGAUGAACAAGAGGAGAAAGAGUAUUGUGAUUGUGGGAGAGUGCAUAUCCAGUGUGGAAGGGGUAGUUAAGGGAUUGAUGGAAAAAGUUGACAGAGGGGAGGUCCCUGAGGGCUUCAGGGAAGUGAAGUUCAUUAGCCUCCCUCUGUUCUCACUGGGGAGUCUGUGCAGAGAAGAGGUUGAGAAGAAGCUGGUGGAGCUGAGGUGCCUUGUGAAGAGCUGUGUGGAAAGAGGGGUAGUUUUGUACUUGGGAGACCUCAAGUGGACUACUGAGAAUAGGGUUAUAAGUGGUUCUUGCGAAGAUCAUCAUCAUCAAGGGAGGAAAUUACAGUAUUGCCCUGUGGAGCACAUGGUUGAGGAAUUGGGAAGAUUGGUCUGUGGGAUUGGGGAGAGGAGUGAGAGGUUUUGGCUGAUGGGGAUUGCAACUUUUCAAACCUAUAGGAGGUGCAGGAGUGGCCACCCUUCGUUGGAGAUUGCAUGGGGUCUUCAUCCUGUUACCAUUCCUGAGGCAAGUUUGAGCUUGAGUCUCAUCCCAGAAAGUGAUGUUCAAAGUGCUUCGGUAAGUAAGAAAUCUGGAAAUGGCUCAACAUGGCUUCAGCUUGAAUGCUGCGACGAGCUCGAGACCGAAGCCCGCCGAAGCUUCCGGAGCAGCACUUGCACCAGUGAGGCCACCAUCUCGACUCUUCCUUCAUGGCUUCAGCAGUACAAGGAUCAAACCAGAAAACAUGGCAAUGAGAAUGAUCAGGAGUACUGUGUCCCAGUCAAAGAUCUCUGCCGAAGAUGGAACUCAUUCUCAAGUUCAUCCCACAAACAACCCUACAACUCAAACGAGAGAACUAUAACCUUCUCUUCUCUCUCCCCUUCUAGCUCCACUACUGCCUUCUCCUACGACCACCAAAACCCUAAUUCCCACCAUACUCGUCGUGAGUGGCCGGUGUUCGAACCGAAACAGUACUGGAGCGACCAUCGUUUUUCGACGUCCGAACGAAGUUUGAGAGUGUACAUUCCUGAGCACAAUGAGCCCAAACAAGCAAAUUUGUACUCCAACCCUAAUUCGACUUCCUCCAGCGAUGUGGUCAUGGAGACCGAGAAUUUUCAAAGGUUCAAGGAAUGGAAUUCAGAGAAUCUGAAAACCCUAUGCGCGGCGUUGGAGAAGAGAGUCCCCUGGCAAAAGGACAUCAUCCCUGAAAUCGCGAGCACGAUACUGCAAUGCCGGUCUGGAAUGGUAAGAAGGAAAGGGAAAGUGACAAGCAGUGAAGCGAAAGAAGAGACUUGGCUGUUUUUCCAAGGAGUUGAUGUUGAUGCCAAAGAAGAGAUUGCCAGGGAACUGGCUAGACUUGUUUUCGGAUCAAACGACCUCGUUUCGAUUUCCUUGAGCAGUUUCUCGUCCACCAGAGCCGAUUCGACCGAGGACUUAACGAACAAAAGGUCGAGGGACGAGCAAAGUUGCAGUUACAUCGAGAGAUUCGCCGAAGCUGUGGCUAAGAACCCGCGCAGGGUGUUCUUGGUUGAGGAUGUGGAGCAGGCGGAUUACUGCUCGCAAGUGGGGAUAAAAAGGGCGAUCGAAAGGGGGCGGAUUAGCGACUCGGAUGGGAAUGAGGUGAGUCUUUGCGAUGCCAUUGUCAUUUUGAGUUGCGAAAGUUUCAGCUCUAGGUCUAGAGCCCCCUCUCCUCCCAUGAGACAAAACUCGGACGGUUCCGAAGAAGAGAUCAAGACUAGCCCUUGCGUUUCUUUGGAUUUGAACAUCUCAUUUGAUGAGGAUGGAGGAGAUCAUAACGAGUCGAUCAACGACAUAGGGCUUCUGGAAUCGGUCGAUCGACGCGUGUUUUUCAAAAUCCAGGAGCUGUAAAUUUAAGGAAAGAUGAACUUCAACCACUAGCUAGGUGGUUUUCUUCUUCUCUCCAUUUUUAUUCCCUGUUCGUUUAGCUGGUAAUGAGAUUCUCGAUCAUCCAUUCACUGUGGAUGCACAAGGAGAUGAAUAUGCUGGCAAUUUAUGUACAGUUAAAUGUAGGUUAUUGUCUUAAUUUGCUGCUACUUUUUUUUUUGCAUGUUAGAAGAAUCUCUACUAUUCUAACCGGAUCUGAAGUGUAUCUAACUUUCUCUCGUGUUGAACAUGUUGUUGGAGUUUUUUCCACGUCAGUUAAUUUAUUUUUUUUAAAACUA